AUGGUUGUUGUUGACAUUCAAUAUAUUCUUGCAGCAAGUGGUCAGAUUGUACGAGACAUCAAGAUCUGCGAAGAACGAAGUAAUCUUAUCGAGAAAAUCAAAAAUUCGGAGUACGAUACUGCUCCCUUCGACAAAAGUAGUCUCAUUCCACCUUUUCUAAACUACAGGCCAUGGAUGGAGGUUGCACCGAAGUACCAGCUUUCUUCCUGCAUAAUUGAAAAAAUAAUGAGUGUAGCUAUCGACGCGAUUUUCUGCUACCUCACCAACGCCACCGAAUUUACAGCAAACAAUCGUACAAUAAGUACGGAAGAGAUUGGAGCAAGGUGA